CUCACACAGAAGCGCUCGAGCUCACCAUAAUCAAGACGGUGCGGUUGACACGCGCUCAGUGCGCGGACUGAUAAACCUCCAUGGAAUAGAAAAAAAAAACGUUUAUUUUUGCUCCAAUCGAGACCGAUACGAAGAAAAGGAGUACUAGUGAAUGCUGAUACGUCAUGCAGCAUGGAGUGACUGCUACAGGGAGGUAUAGAAAACGCUAAUGAUCCUCAGAGUGGACAUUAAGAACAAGAAUCUACAGAUGGGAACAUUUCUUAACUUUGCUUUGUCACUUUUCUUUGCUUUUUGAAAGUUUGAACAAGUCCAAUAGACAGACAGUUAGGUUAGGCUGCAUUUUCAAUGUUGACAUGAGCUUAAUAUUCCCUCCUCUGGAUUGUUGCAUUUAAGUCUUCGGUUCUAACAGCUACUCGAUUAAUAAGCAGACAAACUUUCCUCAGGACUUCAGUGAAACUGCUGCAGCUUUACAGCAAACACCGUGGAGAAUAAUCUGCGUGUUGCUCACUGAGUGGAGUUUUUUUUUUUUUUGGAGCGCGCGCCGCUGAUUUCCACGCGCGCUGGUGUGUUUUGAGUAGCAGCUGUGUGCUCGCGCGCCGCUGUCCCCGCGCUCCGAGUGCUGAGAAGAGCAGAGCAGAGCGAGCGGGCCGCGCGCGCCUCUCAAUGCGGCGAAGCGAUGAGCACUGGGCUCUGCUGGCUGCGCGCGCUGCUGCUCGCGGCGUGUCUGUGCUUCGGCAGCGCAGAGAGGGAUCCUCUCCCUGUAGCUCUGGCUGAGCUGAUGAAGAGUGGCUCUGUCUCCUCCACAGAAGAUCUGCAGCUGUUGCUGCUCUCUGACUCCGUAGAUGAUGAUCCAGAGAGCGACCAUGCCAACAAUACCAACAAUCGGCUGCCAAGGAGCCUUCUGGGGAAAAGAGAAUAUACCAUCCCUCCUACCCAGAGAGCAAGGCCAACUUCUUUUUUCUUGGCUCCCACCCAAGACCAUCGGGACAACAAUAGGAUGAAGGUUUUAUCGCCCCACUCAGAAGCCAAUGCUCCGCCAGCGCAGCAAGCCCAGUGUAAGGUGAGGACAGAGGUCAUGGAGGUCACCCGCUCUAUGCUGGACCGUAGCAAUGCUAACUUUCUGCUAUGGCCACCAUGUGUGGAGGUGCAAAGAUGCUCUGGGUGCUGCAACACAAAAACCCUUAAAUGUGUAGCUGUACUCACUCACACGCGCCAUCUACAGGUGAUGAAGAUUCAGUAUGUGAACAUGCGCCCGGUCUACAAUAAAGCCGUAGUCUCAGUUAACGAUCAUGUGGAGUGCCGCUGUCAGCCUGUUCCUCGUCCAGCCUCGCGCAGAAAGUCUCCUGCUCACAAACAAGAAGCAAGAGAUCGCGCAGGUAAACCUCGCAAUAAAGAUGAGCUUCACCGGAGAGAUGAGCUUAAACCCAACCAGAGGCUUAAACUAGAGGAUCUGCUAAGCCACAGCUGGCUGCCCCUAGAAAAUGGAGACGAUGCCUGGAGCCAUAAUAAGACGCACCAUGGAAAGAGCAGAGGUCAUUCCCUUGGAGAUGAGAGGAAGUAUAACAGCAGCUCCAAUGGCACAAAUGGCUGGUCUUCUGAGAGACUGGCAAAUCCUCUGCCCAAUGAUAUUAAGAGAGAAGAUACAGGUUUACUACUACACAAUGUGACAAGGGCAAGAGAGCGAGUGAGAGAGAAAGAGGCCAAAGAUGUAGAAAUACAGAAAAACAGUACAAUAAGUGACGAUAGGCUGACUAAUCAGUCAUUAGUGAAUGGGGUCGGCCCCACUGAAAUAACCAAUCAGAUUCCACAGCAUGAGUCAGAGCUAGUACAAUGUGCAGGCCACAGCAAAAGUGCCGAGAGCAGUCAAGUACAUAGAAACGAGACUACUUCCCAAAUGGAGACCACCCAGAAUCAAACACACAGUGAAGCACAUGUUGGGCAGACAAAUCAGACUAUGGUUCCUAAACCUGCAGAGAAAACCAAUCAAAAGCAAGGCCAUGCCUUUAAUGCAGAAAAAGAACCUAGUACAAGGAUAAAAGGAAAUGAGACUCCAGAAAUGGAGAGCACUCAAGAGGAGAUGGAGGGGACCAGAAGCAGUUCCACUUUGCUAAAGGAAAGGAAGGCUUUAGAGGAGGAAAAAGAGGAGCUGCUGUUACUUCACAAGCGCCUUGAUGAAGAAAAGCACAAACAUUUCCUGAAAGCCCAACAACACAGCCAACAUGAGGACCAAAAGCAGCAGCAGCCACACCCCAAACCUCAGCAAACCCACACAACUACACAACGGACAGAAAGCAGAACAUCUACCCCAGUCAGAGUGUCCACGCCACACACACACCCCAGAUUGCCCCCUCAUCCACCAAAGAGAUUGAGGAAACACCGCAACCGCAUAAGCAAGGCCGUCAUGAGGGCCAUGCUCAUGUAGCAUGCACAGACAUGUGUAAAGUGCAGUACCUGUCCAGAUCGUUGCACUAUCCUGAAUAAUAUAAUUUAUUCAUGCCUUCCUGUCCUUGGAGAUCCACAGCCUCUAGUACUAAUCCUCAUGCAGUAACCCUGUUUCUGGGAGAGUCUGGAUUUGGCAGAGAUCUAGGGGCAGAGCUACAUUCCUGCCAUAUUCCCCUGAUAUAAAUAACAGUGAUGUUAUUAAAGGGGACAGAAGACAUUAAGACAAUGUGACUGAUUCAGACUGUCCAGCAGUUGCUACAACUCCUCAAAAGUUCUCUGAUGUCCUUUUUUUAAGUUACUUCCGGUUGGAAACCUGCCUUGACCCAGUGGAACAAUGGAACUGAGGGAGUGGGCUUGGGAAUGUGUCUUUGAAAAUUUUAGGGUAGAAAAGGACUUGCCUAGAAGUCUAGAAUGAAAAAAAACCUCUCUAGAAUAAAAACAACAACAACACUGGACUAAGAUUUUUGGAAUGAACUGGCACUGGGACUGGUCUGUGGAAACACUCAGAAAUAAAAGCGACUGGUCUAGAAGCUCCCUGAGCUCUCUGAAAAUCCUACUCUAGAGGCUCGUUCAAAUGGAAAGACUGGAGUGGAGGUUUAAGCUAAAUGCUAUUUGGAAUUAAAUCAUGGGUCUGGAGAUGAUCUCUGAACAAAGAAAGACUGAUCUAGAACUCUUUGGAAUGAAAACACUGGUCUAUAGAAACUGAAAUGGAAGAGAAUAAAAAAAAAAAAUACAACUCUUGUAGCUCCUUGAAGUGGCCUCUGGUUUUAAAGUUCUGUUGAAAAUUCUGUUGCAUUGAUCACCUAAAUGUUCUAUGGAUUGGUAGAGUGGCUUAGAUUAUGUGGGAAAGACUAGUCUAGAAUUAAAGUAGAAUGAAGUCCAGUUUAUAUUCGCUAUACAUUAGAAAAUACUGGUCUGGAGUAUCUCUAGAAAUAAUUGAGUACUCUUAAUGUUCUUCUAGACAUUUUCCAGUUAUAAAGACCGGUGAAGAAACUUGUCUUUAAUCAGUAAGCAUGUCAUAAGAGAGACAGAAAAGCAGAGAGCUUCCAUCCAACUGAUGUAGCAUUCCAUCCAAAUGACAUAACCAGUUUCUCUUCUAACCAUCACCAUAUCCACAGCUAGUUUGAGUGGUGUACUGUUUCAUAAAUUCUUAGAAAACAAAUGGUUCUACCUUGCACACUAUAGCCAUUCCUGUCCCUCCAGAUGAACCACGAUGUAGAAGUGAUUGUUUCUCCAUCUUGCAGGAUCCCAGGUAGAGCACCUUUAGGAAGCUGAGAACCCUUAACUAUGCAAAGAAGCUUAUAGGAUCUCCUUUUAUUGGUAGUGUGUAGUCAUAUCUGUGGAACAUAGUACAGCGCUGUCAGUGUCUGAGAAAUACUGGACAGCUUCAUCUCAUCUAUUCAUGAGCUAGACAUAGAUUUUCACUUGUCCAUUCAUUCAGAAAGAGAAAGGUCAAGAAAAAAGGAAGAGAGAUGAGAAUACGGAUAUAUCUCAAGCGCAUUUUCAGGGUUAAACGGUGUUUCCAGUAUUUCUGGAUUAUUAAAUAUAAUGCAAUAUUGAAGUCACAACCACUUAACAAAUCAUAUACAAUAUAUAAACACAGCAACAAUACUGUUUUACAUUUCUUAUUUAAUUUUCAUAUUAUUUAAUUUGACUGCUAACACUGGAAAUUCUCAGAUGGCAAAUAAAGGCUUGCAGUUCUAUUGUAUUAAUAUGGACCUCUUUGAAAUAUGACGGUGCUAUGUAAUGAUAAGAAAACAGCUUUACCCUUAAUGUUAUUUAUUCUUUUACGAUUGCUUUGUGAUUAGUUUCUCUUUGUAUUAAUUUUACUUAUUUUUUUCUCUGCAUUCUGUUAAAGGUGUAUUUGUGUAUGUGUGUAGUUUUAUUUGUUUGUUUGUUUUUUUUCCCCAAGCUCCAGAUGUAUGUGAGGCAAUGUUUGCACCGCAAAAGGAAUAUGAAUAAAGAACUAAACUAACCUGA